CGGCGGCACGUAAGCAUGUUGCUUACCUAUGCAAGUAAACGCAAAUAUAUAAACUCUCUUCCGAUGGAGGAGGAGGAGAAGGAGGAGGAGUUAGUUAAAUUAGUUGAAAAUGAGGCAGGCGGGGAGGUACUCGUCGAUUCUAGUGGGUGGCAUCUCGGGCCGGACGGGGCCGCACGCGCUGCCGCUGGCCAGGAUCAAGCGGAUCAUGAAGCGGAACAGCACAGCGGCAGGGGAGGCGUCGCCGCGGAUGAUCUCCGGCGAGGCUCCAGUGGUGUUCUCCAAGGCCUGCGAGAUGCUGAUCCAGGAGCUCGCCCGGCGCGGCUGGGAGGCGGCGCUCCGGGGCAAGCGCCGGACGCUGCUGAAGGAGGACGUCGCCGCAGCCGUCGCCCGCACCGACGUGUUCGAUUUCCUCCUCCCGGUGGUGGAGGCAGAGGCUAGGCCGCCGCCGCCGCCGCCGCCUGCAGGCCAAUAAGAACAGCAAACGAUACUAAAAUCGAAAAUCUUCGAAUCAAAUUUCGAUUUGAAACGCUCGAUUCUCGUGUAAAAGACAAAAAUUACAUCAAAGAGUAUUUCUCUGGAAUAAUUUAUAGCAUUAAAAUCGCCAAUUUUCAAUAUGAGUGAGAAUCCUCGAUGAUCGGAGAGGACGUUCUUGCUUCCGCCCUUUGCUCUCCAUCGUCCGAGAGCUGAGGAGCCAGGACAGAUCAACAAAUACGAGACGACGAGCAUCCAUUUUUGGAAGAAAAA